AUGCCUUUCCGCUGUGAGUUCUGUUCGAGACUGUUCAAGCACAAGCGCUCGCGAGACCGCCACGUGAAGCUUCAUACCGGCGACCGUAAAUACCGCUGUGCCCAUUGCGAAUCAGCAUUUUCCAGAAGUGACCACCUGAAGAUCCACAUGAAGACGCACGAUAAUCAGAAGCCGUUCCAGUGCACGGUUUGCAACCGUGGCUAUAACACGGCCGCGGCACUGACGUCACACAUGCAGGGUCACAAGAGGGACCGAGAAGGCCGCGACCCGGACCGCCGAAGGGCUCUACGCUGCUUGCAAUGCGGAGACGCCUUCCGUCGUCCAGAAAUGCUCCAGGCGCACAUGGCCACGACGCACGGUGUGGACGCUGCUUCUUUGACGCCGCCGAGGCGGGUCGCCUCCCAGCCGCCGCCGACCCUCCUCGCCUGCAUAUACUGCACGCGUGACACAUUCACCAGCAUGGAGCAGUUGCAGCUGCACGUGCGCGCCGCCCAUUCCGCUCUGCUGAACGGCGACGCGCCAAUGCCGCAGACCAUAGAACAACCAGCGCCCACAGACCUCAGCCGGAGGACAGCAGAUGACGUCACGAGCGCGAAACGACCAAGGUCCAGUUCCGGGUCAGCGACGCCUCAGGCAACACUGUCGCCGAGCACGCUCCUAUGCAAUCAGUGCGACGCGGCCCUACCCGACUUCGAGGCGUUCAGAGCUCAUCUCAAAGGCCACCUAGAGGAGGGGGGAGAGCUGAACCGCUUUAGCCCCGCGCCCUGUGUCCACUGCGGCGCUAGUUUCGCAGACAUCGCCGCGACAGAGCGUCACUUGGCUGCGCACUACCUGGCCGUGUCCUGCGAGUAUACCUGCAACAGCUGCGUACGCAGUUUCCCGACGCCGGACGACUUGCAAAAGCACCUCUUCGACUUGCACGCCCACCAUUUGUACCGCUGUUCACUGUGCAAGGAAGUCUUCGAUUCAAAAGUCGCCAUCCAGGUGCACUUCGCGGUCGCGCACAGCGGCGAGAGCAAAGUGUGGAUGUGCCGGCCGUGCGGCGCGAGCGGGGGCACGAUGCGCUCGGAGGCGGAGGGAGCGGCGCACGUGCGCGCGCGGCACGCGGCGGCGCGGUGCGGCUGCGGUGCGGUGCUGCCCGCCCCCCGCCGCGCCUAUCGCUGCCCCGCGCCCGCCUGCGCGGACAGCUUCGCCGUCCAGUACCUGCUCGAGAGGCACGUGCAGAUGCACCACGUGCAGCAGGCGUUGAACGGUGAAAUGGUGCGUCCGAAGCGCGCGGACAACAACAACCACGCGGACGGCGACGGGUCGUGUUCGCCGUGCGUGGGCGGCGACGGCGUGGGGCUGCCCGGCGACGAGCGGCGCCGCAAGAACGGCGCGGUGGCGCUCCAGUGCGCGUACUGCGGCGAGCGCACGCGCAGUAGGGCCGAGCUUGAGGCGCACACCAGAGCGCACGCGGGCGCCGCGCGCCACAAGUGCCUCAUAUGCGACGAGGUGCUGCCCUCCGCCGCCGUGCUGGCCGAACACAAGCUCUCGCAUUGCAAGGUUAUUGCCGGCGACACAUGUUCCCGAUGCCGCGCCAGACUGCCGUCCGAGGAAGCGUUCCUUUCUCAUAUGGCGCGUCACCACCCAGCGUUGCCCGCGCCCUGCGUCGUCUGCCGCCAGACGCUCGCUUCGGAGGCGGAGGCGAGGCUCCACGCGCGGUUCCAUCUCCGCCCGAACGAGGACGAACAGCGGUGCGCGAUCUGCCUCAGGCCCUUGGCAGAGAGCGAGGCCGGGGAGGGCGUCAGGGCUUGCACCGCUUGCUACGCGCGCCACUCCACGCCGCGACCGCCGCCAAUCGCCGACAACGACUGCCGCCUCUGCCGACGCUCGCUCGGCUCCCCUACCCGCCUCCAAGCGCACCUCAUCGAGCACACGUUCGCGGGCAUCGGCGCCUUCACCUGCUACCUGUGCUCGGCCGUGUUCACCAGCGCCGCCGGCUUGCAACGCCACCUGCCCGAGCACGCGUCGGCGCCGCGCCCCUACGACUGCGCCCGCUGCGGGGCGAAGUUCUUCUUCCGCGCCGAGCUCGACAACCACGCGUUCGUUCACAUCGAGGAGGCGGAGUUGGCACAAAGGGCGUUCUAUGAGGCCUACGCGAGGGGCGCCGCGUCCGCUUGGGCGGCCCUCGCUCCCCCACCGGAGCCUGUUCCCAUGUCGUCAGUUCCGGGGCCAGUCCCGCCCGUUUCGGAGGUACCGGUUAAAACCGAGCCGGGGAUAAAAGAAGAGCGUAAUAACGACGAAUAUAUCGAGGUGUCGUCUCCGCUGCCCGCGACUGCCCCAGCCUCCCCGCCCCCUCCACCGCAGUCUGACUCUCCCGCUGCGGUAGUGAAGCAAGAGAAACCCGACGAAGAU